AUGAUCACCGGAAAGGAAGACGCCGCCAACAAUUAUGCUCGUGGUCACUACACCGUCGGAAAGGAAUUGAUCGACACCGUUCUCGACAGAAUCCGCCGUCUUGCUGAUAACUGCAGCGGACUCCAAGGAUUCUUCGUUUUCCAUUCAUUCGGAGGAGGUACUGGAUCCGGAUACACCUCUCUUCUCAUGGAGCGUCUUUCUGUCGACUACGGAAAGAAAUCCAAGUUGGAGUUCUCCAUCUACCCAGCUCCACAAGUUUCGACCGCUGUUGUUGAGCCAUACAACUCUGUUCUUACCACCCAUACCACCCUUGAGCACUCCGACUGUGCCUUCAUGGUUGACAACGAAGCCAUCUACGACAUCUGCCGUAGAAACCUCAGCGUUGAUCGUCCAAGCUACACCAACUUGAACCGUAUCAUCUCCCAAGUUGUGUCUUCGAUCACUGCCUCUCUUCGUUUCGAUGGAGCCCUCAAUGUUGAUCUCAUCGAGUUCCAAACCAACUUGGUCCCAUACCCAAGAAUCCACUUCCCAUUGGCCGCCUACACUCCACUCAUUUCCAAUAUCGAUAAGUUCCAUCCUUGA